AUGUCUAACUCUGUAUGGAAGGAUGUCGUAGCAUCUUCGCGGAGUUACUACUACGCUCAACUUUGGAUAUCCGUGAUGGCGUCGUCGAAUCUAGCUAUUCUCACGAAGUCUCACAAGAUUAUUGCCGCGAAAAAGCGUGCAAGGCGAGAACAAAUCAAGGAGAUUGUGUUUGAUGACGGUGCACGCAGGGAAUUUUUGACCGGCUUCCACAAGCGCAAGCUGCAGAAGAAAGAGGUUGCCAAAAAGAAGGCUCAGGACCGUGAAAAGCAGGAGAGGUUGGAAGCCAGGAGAGAGAAACGUCAACUGCUAGCCGAACGUGCAGCACAGAAUGUUGCGGAAGUUGAGAAGGCAUACGGAGGCCACGUUGAGGACGGAGACGGCAGUGAUACCGAGUGGUCGGGUCUAGAAGGAACCUUGGCUUCACCUGACAAGGGAAAAGGGAAGGCGCAAGAAGAAGAAUAUGAAUAUGAGGAAGAAGUGGCCACGGUGACGGUUGUCGAGGAUUUCGAUCCAGACGCUCUCAUCCACGGUCAGGACGAUCGCCGACCCAUCGCUGGUGCCGAGCGUGACGGGGCUGCAGCUACCUCUGAACCCCCGGAUGUCGCCAAUCGAGCGAGACACAAGCCUAAACCCGCCACUGCUGAUGUACGUCACGACCGGAAGAGAAGUGCUCCAAAACCGAAGGACAUUAAAUACCAGACCAGCGCGGCGCGAAAGGUGGACAGAUUGAAGCAGCGACGCAGAAAAUCUGAAAAGGCUGAGAGAGCAGGAGGAAAAGCAUCGCGCAAGGGCACGUCUGGACGGAAGAAACGGUGA